AUGUACAGGUUGAAGAAUCUCAUUCCACUGAUAGAGAGCCGUAUCGAUCCGUUUGACUUGAGUCUUCUGUCGUCACAUCUCGCCACGAAUGUACGAUUGGCUGUCAGCAGAUCACAGUUACUUUACUCUUGUCUACUUGUCGAUAUUGUGCCAAACAAGGAAGGACAAGGUUCUGCACACUACUCGCAGGUUGUGGAUGUAUUGCCUAAGGCUGAAUAUUCGCAAAGGAUUCCUCUGAUACCACGAUUGGAUAGGACGGCUGGAGAAAAUCUUUCGAAACGGGUAGAGGCGACGAGAAUGCCACGCAACAAACUGUUGGCCAACUCCAAUCCAAGUGGUAAGUUCAUUUAUCCAUGUUGGAUGGUGUAG